AUGGCUUCGGAGCCGCCCAAUCCUGCUGCUGAAAAGCCAGAAUCACCUCCUCACACAAAUUCCCUCCGUCGGCAUGCAUCUGCUGAAAGUGAUGAUACACAGAUCAACCCAGAUGAGAAGUUUGCCCUGGGCCGGAAGGGUAUUCUGGUAGUGUUCACUCUCUGUGUGCUGACUCUAAUGGCCGCACUUGAUGGAACCUCCAUUUCUGUCGCAUUACCGAUCAUGGCCGAAGAACUCAACGGCACCGCCAUCGAAGCUUUCUGGGCAGGGACUUCGUUCCUGCUCUGCUCUACAGUCUUCCAACCCAGUUUCGCAUCAUUAUCGAAUAUUUUCGGUCGCCGUCCAGCGGUAUUGACGUCCAUUUUAUUCUUCUGCGUUGGCGCCAUUGUUUCUGCCGUUGCAAACAACUUCACGCAGAUGCUGGUCGGUCGAUCGAUUCAGGGUAUUGGCGGAGGUGGCGUGAUUGCCUUGACCGAAGUCAUCAUCACAGACCUUGUUCCCUUACGAUACCGAGGACAGUAUUUCGGAAUAUUCAGUGCAAUGUGGAGUAUCGGAUCCGUCACAGGACCUAUCCUCGGUGGGGGAUUCGCCCAGAAUGUCACUUGGCGAUGGAUCUUCUAUAUCAACUUCCCAUUCAUCGGAAUUGGAACCUUAUUCGUCAUUCUAUUCUUGACUCUGAAACUUGCUCCUAGCUCUCUUCUCGACAAACUCCGUCGCAUCGAUUACACUGGCACCAUCCUAUUUGUCGGCAGUCUUUCCUCAUUCCUGAUCCCGCUCACAUGGGGCGGUGUUUCCUACGAUUGGGAUUCCUGGCACACACUCGUUCCCUUGCUGGUCGGUGUCGCCGGACUGGCCGCAUUCAUAUUCUACGAGUACCGCUACGCCGUCGAACCGAUUAUCCCUCCGGCCAUUUUUGUCAAUCGAACUGCAAGUGUCUCAUUCCUAGGAAGUGUUCUUCAAGGCUUGAUCAUGUGGUGCGCCCUGUACUACCUACCACUUUACUACGAAGCCGUCAGGGAGUAUUCUCCUAUUCUCUCUGGUGUGGCCCUAUUCCCACAAACAUUCACGGUUGCCCCUUCUUCAGUUGUCAUCGGUAUUUUGAUUACUGCGACUGGUAAAUACCGCUGGGCAGUGUGGAUGGGAUGGGUUCUGUCUACCAUUGGACUGGGUCUGAUGUGCAUCAUCAAAAGAGACACUAGUGUCGUUGGAUGGGUCUUCCUUAACAUUGUCCCUGGACUCGGCCUGGGAUCUUUAUUCCCUUCUAUCGGAUACGCAGUUCAAGCAUCGGCCGAUCCCCGCAAUCUUUCCAUUGCAGUUGCCAUGUUCAGUUUCUUCCGUGCCUUGGGACAGGCUAUCGGCGUCGCAGUUGGCGGCGUGGUUUUCCAGAACCAAAUGCACAAGAACCUUCUCAAAUAUGAUUCCCUGGCUCCAAUGGCUAGCGCAUAUAGUAAGGAUGCGGCUGGUCUCGUUCAAGUUAUCAAGGCUAUGCCGGAUGGCAUGGACAAGAACAACCUAAAGGAUGCAUACACAGAUAGUCUGCGAAUUGUGUGGAUUGUCUGCUGCGCUAUUUCUGCUGUGGCAUUGGCUUUCAGUUUGCUUACUGAAGAAUAUGACCUUGACCGGGCUCUUGAGACUGAUCAGGGACUGGACAAGAAGGCCCGGUUGGAAUCAGAGAAGGAUUUGGAGCUUAAUACUGACAGGGCUAUCAGCCAAGCUGCACCCAUGGCGUGGUAA